UUGGCUCAUACCCUAAUUUGGCUCAAUCAUAAAUGAACGAAAGCUCGGUUCGAUUUCAGAUUUCCGUGUGCCUGGCGGCCCUCGUAUUAACGAUAGCCGCUGAAGAGAAGCGGACGAACACCGUCUCAGUAUCCGCCAGCCCGACGGUGACUAAGGGCCACACAGUCAACAAGCUAGUGAAGGUCCUGGAGAAGUACGGACUCGAGGAGCAGCGAAGCCUGAAGAAGGUCUACCUGAGCAACAGGUCGAUCACUUGCAACGAUGGGUCGCAGGCGGGAUUUUACCUGCGGAAGUCGCACGGCUCUCAGAGAUGGAUCAUUUACCUGGAAGGCGGCUGGUACUGCUACGACCACAAGAGUUGUAGGAACAGGUGGCUCAGGUUGAGGCAUCUGAUGACGUCGACCCAGUGGCCUGAGACACGCGACGUUGGCGGCUUAUUGUCAUCGAAUCCGGAGGAGAAUCCAUACUGGUGGAACGCGAAUCACGUUUUCGUUCCGUAUUGCACGAGCGAUAGCUGGAGUGGUACCAGGUCCUCGGCGAACGAUAUGUUUUCUUUUAUGGGGGCGGAGAUCGUGACGCAAGUGAUACGAGAUCUCGUUCCCCUCGGACUCGAGAACGCGAGUUCUCUUCUGAUGGCUGGUAGCAGCGCCGGCGGAACCGGCGUCAUGCUGAAUUUAGAUCACGUGCGCAAUUUGAUUCAUUAUAAACUAGGUUUGAGAUUCGUCGAUAUAAGGGGUGUGUCGGAUUCGGGGUGGUUCCUCGACAGGGCGCCAUAUUCGUCGAACGGUUUGUCAUCGGUCGACGCUGUCCGCAAGGGAAUGGAAUUCUGGAAAGCACGAAUGCCCGACAAUUGCGUCGCGAAGUAUCCAACAGAGCCAUGGAGGUGUUACUUCGGUUAUCGGUUGUAUCCAACGUUGACCGUACCUCUGUUCGUUUUCCAAUGGCUGUUCGACGAGGCGCAGAUGUCGGCGGACAACGUCGGUGCACCGGUUACGAAGCAGCAAUGGGAUUACAUACACAAGAUGGGUGACAGUCUGCGACAGACCUUCGAAAACGUUACUGCGGUCUUUGCCCCUAGCUGCAUUAGUCAUAGCAUCCUGACGAAGAGGGAUUGGCAAUUGGUUAAAAUAGACGAGGUCUCCUUGUCGCAGGCUUUGUACUGUUGGGAGCAAAUGUCGUCCGAUCCCCGAAACGAUACUCGUUCGAGGAUCGAAACGAACCAGCCGUGCGCGAAGUCGAUGCGGAAACUGCUCAGAUCCGGACUGACUAAAGGAAACGGAACUCCGUUCGAGCUGGGAAGAAACAGAAAGCACGAGCCUGCGGUGAAGUUUCAGAGAGUUGGCUCGGCGUUGAUCAACAAACUGAACGCGGGGAAAACCUUGCAAUCGACCAUUCUAACGGAGAACAAAAAGAGGAAGAGGCGCAAGCACAAAGGCAGGCGAAGGGAGAGGAACAAGGGAACGAGAAUCAAGAAGAACCACGAGCGGAAGAAAGUUGCAGGUCGCCGGAAGGGUAACAAGCAGAACAACGAGAACAACCACACGGGCAUGUUCAACGGGACCAGACCGCAGCGAUCUGUGAUACCAUCUGGCAAACGGAGGUGCGUCCAGGGCUGCCACUUCCGAUUAAUCGAACGUUGCACUUGGCCACAGUGCAAUCACAGCUGCCCGAAGUUGCACAACCCGUUCACCGGCGAGGAGAUGGACUUCAUCGAGCUGUUGAAGAGUUUCGGCCUCGAUAUGAAGAGCGUGGCGAACGCGCUGGGCAUCGACAUACAAACGCUGAACACUAUGGACCACGAGGAACUUCUGAACCUCCUUACGCAAAGAGCGAAUUAACUGUUCGCCACGAAAUUAAAGCGAAAGACGUAUCUACCGUGUCUCUAAAGUAGUAAAUUAUGGACCUAAAAUACGGUGCACUGUUGCCGGGAUUUGUGACUGGAUGCGGAAGGGGUAUCUAAGAUUUCAGCCAUUUUGUAUAGUCAAGUGGCGCACUCUUCACGUAACGUGCACGUAUCUCCAUGAUAGCGUCCAUGGCUAUGGUAGCGGUGAAAAAGUUACAAGCUUUCGAUUUAGAGGACGGCAACAACACUAGUUGACUAUAAAAAUGGCCGACUUGACUGAAAGCUUCACUUCUGGAAGUUUAUACACCGUCCUUCACAUCCGUGGUAGUAACGGACUGUUGUUUUGUGUUUGAGAUUCUCGAAAGAUGACCAAAUUGUAUGUACAUAGCGUGUUAGAAUUUCUAUGCGAAUUUGAUGUUCUUCCAACGAGAUGUUUAAUUUAAAAGAAUUUUACGACUUCGAUCGUUGGUCCGUUCGCGUGUGAAGUUUCACGUUACUCGUCGCGGGUACUUUAAUUUAUUUCAUAGCUUGUAGGCAGAGUAAACGGGCACACAAUCAUGUUACGAAUUAAUUCGCUUCGCGGUGACACCGUUUAUCAUCGAUCGACACGUUUCUGUAUCAGCCACGAGGCUCGAUCUUUUACCCACCAAAAUGUCUCUUCCUCCUGAACAUUUGUACCUGGUACGUAGAGAACAGAACGUUCGUAGAACGAUUUACCGAUGAAUACCAUUGCCACGAACGAUGCCUUUCUAUUUUGGCAAGAAGGAAAUUGUAUUAGGAGCACAAAUAAGUUUCCGCCGUUUUUCAUCUUAAAUUGGGCAUUUAUUGUGAAAGAACGGUACCUUACGUUAUAUUCAAAGUAAUAUCCACCGCUGGUUACUACUUUUUCCCAUCUAUCUGACAAUAUUCGAAUACCGCGUCGGAAGAACGCUUUAUCUUUUGACGCUAGCCAUAAAUCGACCCAAUUUUUGGUAUCUUCAUACGAUGUGAAGUGCUGCUCAGACAGGCCAUGCGUCAUCGAUCGAAAUAAGUAGUAAUCAGAAGGAGCAAUAUCUGAUGAAUACAGCGGGUGGGGUAAAACUUCCCAAUUAAGUGUUACCAAGUAGGUUUUGGCUGGUGCCGCAACAUGAGGACGAUCAUUAUCAUGCAGAAGAAUGAUUUCGUCAUGUCUGGAGUAAUAAUGGGCGCGUUUUUCCUUGAGUGCUCGGCUCAAUUUCAUCAACUGAGUUCGGUAGAGAGCCCCAGUAAUGAUUUCGUUCGUUUUCAUUCAAUAAUGCUUCCAAUUCCGCGUCUUCGUACACUAUCGGCCUUCCACUACGUUCUUUGUCUUCGACACCAAAUUCACUGUUCUUAAACUUUUGAAACCACUCACGACGACUUCUCUCACUUAAUGCAGUCUUACCAUAUGCUUCUACGAGCAAUCGAUGCACUUCAGCUGCAGAUUUCAUCAAAUUAAAAAAGUAAAUCAGAACUUCCGGCAAAUGACGUUUAUUUGGCUCAAAAUUCGACAUUUUCGCACGAAAAAAAUAUACGACGCUAAUAAACAAUCGCUAAUAUUUCGAUAUUAUGUUGUUGACAAAUAUGCAACUUUAAGAUAUGACGUCUUACAUCUGGCACUAGCCACCAUGAUUUACUGGUUGCGCUAUCUGAUUUCGAACGGCGGAGACUUAUUUGUACACCCGAUAUUACAACGAACUUACGUGUACUUAAGAAAAUUCGCAACCGGAACGUUCAGUAUUAACACUGCCGGCUUAUAGUCGAUGCUCGCCGAUACCGAACGGGGCAAACGGGAUAAAGAACGUUGAACUCGACGCGGGAUAACGCGCGCGCCUAAAUCGAGUUUCGCGAAUUGAUCCCCGAUAGGAAGGCAGGCCGACCGACAAACCAGCUUCAUAGACUGAUUAAAUUAUCUACCUCAACGAAUCAAAUCGUAUUAACGUCCUUUUCUGUACUAUAAACGGCGAUUAGCGGAGUUUAAACGGUGGCAAGAAUUAAUUAAGUCUGUAGAUUUAAAUCGCGGACACGAGACGCCGGUGCGCAGUCGCGUCUAACUGUAUCCAACCACUGUAAUAUAUAUACUCGUCGAACUAAUUAAUUAUUUAUUUAAAGCGGCAGGAGUGCGUUUACGGGGGCGAGCGAGAGGAGUGAGACUCCUCGAUCGAGCGUUUAAUUUAUUUCCGAAACCGACUCCCCGUUCUCUCUUGCAUUCCCGCAAAGAAAUAUUGUUAUUUUGUACUGGCGUGAAAGUCUGUAAAUAAAUUGUAUAUCUGUUGUACCGAACGAGCCCUGCGGAUUGGUUUUCAUUUCGUCGAUCUGGUGAAACGUCACUUCCACGUUGCUCCUCUUGAUGUUCCAAAAACACGUGUCCGGGCGAACAAUCGUGAACAAUUUCGAACGCAGAUCCAGGGCGAUCCGUCACAGGAUCGAACAGAAUCGGAGCUAAGCGGCGCGAUCGGCAAACGUCGCAGCGG